AUGAAUAGAUCAACUUUUGGUAAGAAAACUUUGAAUGGGCAGCGACCCCGAGUAGACAGGUUCAUAGUGCCAAGAGAACAAUUUCCGGAGCUGUGCAGGAAGAUUCGGUGGGGUGCCACGGAUAAUGGCACUCAUGACGUCUGGUAUUCAAAAUACCUUCAACAAAAGAAAUAUGCGAGCUACUUAGACGAGGCUUUCGGCCUGGAGCCGAUGAAGACGGAACCAUCACAGGCUGAUGAUGACGAGUCCGUACAGCUGUGGCCUUGCAUACCUAGGAAGAGAAGAUACUUGUCUUCAGCCGAUAGCAUCCUAGAUCUACCCAGUUAUAGCUAUGCUGCAUUUCCUGAGUUACUCGACUGGUCGAACGACAAUAUCCUGGUAGCAGCACUGGGCAGGAACUACCACAAGUGGUCGUGGAGGACACAGAGCCUCAUCAGCCAAGGGGUCACGGAUUACGAGAUACAUUGCUGCAAGUUCGACCCUCAAGGGAAACUGCUUAUUCUAGGCACUGGUUUAAAGUCGGUGGAAGUGCACGACAACGCUCAAAGUAAAUGUAUCGAGAGGGGACUGUGCUCGUGUCUGGAUGCCAAGCCGCCGUACUGCUCCAUCACUGCCGUGGACUGGAGCCCCACUGGAAACUCUUUUAUCACGGGAUGUUCCCAGGGGAUGUUGAGUGCGUUUACGCGGAACAGUCAGCCAAUAAGUUGGUGCCAGGCGCACCACAACGCUAUCCUCAUAGUGCGCGUGUCGCCUGACGCUCGCUACGUCACGGCGGCCGCAGUCAACGAUGACCUCGUCUGCGUCUUCUCCUGGCCUGGUCUUCAGCCCGUCUCUACUCUAAAGUCGGACUGGACUAUUAAGGCAUUAACAUGGCACCCAUGGCGCAGUGCACUGCUCGGUAUCGGCGCGGUAUCAUCCAGCCUGCAGACGCGCGUGGCGCUGUGGGACGCGCCGACCGGCAAGCUGCGCAAGCGCACGCUCAGUAGGAACCAAUACUGCCUCGACGCCAUGCUUUUUAGCAAGAAGACUGGCGAGCUUGUGCUUAGCCUCUGGAAUACAUUUGAAGACAGGGGGUCAUUACCCCCAAAGCCUUGCUCCCAGCUGGUGGUGCUGAGCGACCCGGAGACUAUGGUGGACCAAUGGGGGGAGGGCAGGCAAGGCCUUGACCGCGUCAGGACCAUGGUCUUUAGCCCGGACGGGACUAAACUUGCUACAGCGACAGCAGAUGAAGACCUGAUCAUCUGGAACUUUCUCCCGGAAGACAAGAGGAAACGAAAGAAGUCCUGCAAGAGGUUCUCCGCGAUACCAGUGUUUCUAGACAAGACCUGCGGCGGUGUAUCCUUACGUUAA